AUCAGUACGGAAGGCAGAGUGAGAAGUUCAUCGGAAAUGAAAGAAGGGAAUCUUAGGAGAGAAGCAAUUAGACCAACCUUCCCUCUUUAUAAUCACCCACUCCGUGUCUCAAUUUCUGCACCAAGUAACUAACUCCGCAGAAGCGGAUGGACUCGGGAACAGAACUCCCGGCGAUUGCGUUCUUCGACCUGGAAACGACGGAUCCGAGGGGGCAUCGGGAAGUGAGAAUCGUGGAGUUCGGAGCGGUGGUGCUGUGCGCCAGGACGCUAGAGAAGAUCGACAGCUAUCAUACGCUGGUGCGACCCUCCGACCACUUCCUCCAGUCCUUCUCUGAUCGCGAUAACGACAUCACACGAAAUGCUCUCAGGUCUGCUCCCUCCUUCCGCGACAUCGCCCACAGGGUUUUCGAUCUUCUCCACGGGAGGACGUGGGCGGGGCAUAACAUAUUGAAGUUUGAUUGUCGAUUGAUAAUGGAUGCUUUUGAGGACAUCGGAUGGGAGCCUCCGACGCCCAGCGGCACCAUUGAUACUCUGCAGCUGUUGAGACCCAAGUUUGGGAGGAGAGCUGGGGACAUGAGGAUGGCCACUCUCGCGAGGUACUUUGGACUAGGAGAGCAAACACACAGGAGCUUAGAUGAUGUUGAGAUGAACAUAAAGAUUUUCAAGAAGUGUGCAACUAUUUUGCUUAUGGAGUCGAGCAGCGGGUACACAGGGUUUUUAGAGCCCAAGGAGGUGAGUGAGGAUGCCAUCCAUGCGCGCGUAAGCGGGAGGAACUAUGAAAUAAUGCACGGGGACGAAAAGCUGCAGCUGUACUGCGCAGAACUGAGAGUGAGGUUCGGAAUAAGUCAGAGGUACGCCAAUCGGGAUGGGCAGCCGCGGUUGAAUUUCGUGGUGGACGUGUCGGCCAUCCUGUGCGGGGUCUUCGACUCUUGUGAGGAAGUUGCUUCCCGGAGCUUUAUAGAAUCCCGCAGCAAAUCCAAGUGGUGGCCUCUUGUCAAACGAGACUAUGACUUCCCCACCGUCAGAUUGGCGAUAGUUACAGAGCCAUAUUCUGAUAAGGUUUCGACAGAGAUAUAUGAGAAACAUUCAUGUUAUGGCCAUAUAGAGAGGGUUGGAACUCAUAGAUCUGAUGCGGAUGAGCUUCUUGAUAAGUUGUUAACCCCUGGAACUUUAAUAGAUGCAUGCCUUUCUUUGGAUCCCUAUGACUAUGGCCAGAAUGCUGGCGUUCGAUUAACUCUAAAGAAGUUAAUCAUCUACUCCGACUAAUAUCUCGAUGAUGCCUGGUCGUUUUAUCUAUUUAAUUUGGUGUAGCUAUUGUAUAAUAUUUCAAUUGAGAUACACUGUAUGUAAAAUUUUACCUAAUAUUUAGAUCUUGGAGUUUGAUCCUUAUAUUUUAAUUUUAGAGGAUUCGGAUAUUUGUGCCA